UAAAGAGGGCAGCACCUUUUACAGUUAGCUGGGUUCUCUCUAUAUUUUUGUUUCAUGCUUAAUUCAGUUCUAAUCAUUCACGUCUGUAGUUUACGUUACUUACGUUCCAAUUUGUGUUUCAUGUUUAAGUAAUUAGUCUUUGUGGACGUAGUUCUGUUAUAUAAUAGUUCGUGGUAAAUCAGGGAUUAGGGUGGGAAAUUAAAUAUUUGAUACAGUGUCUACUUUGUGAAAGGAGUGCCCUCUUGGAUUUUCAUUAUCUCUUAUUAAUGUCGGAAUGUUGAAAAUUCCGAAAAUUGUGAUUGUCGGUGCUGGGGCGGCCGGAAUUUCAGCUGCUUCUCGUCUGCAAGAGAGCGGUUUGCAAAACAUAGUGAUUCUCGAGGCUGAAAAUCGAAUCGGCGGUAGAGUUUAUACCACGAAUUUUUCUGAAAAUGUUGUGGAACUAGGAGCACAGUGGGUUCACGGUGAACGUAAUAAUGUGGUCUUCGAUUUGGCAUCUCCUCUCAAUUUGUUAGACUCUUCAAGAAAUAUUAAUGACUUCACCAAGUAUACGUUUGUGGACGUGCAUGGGAAUAUUUCAUCCCAGGAACAAUGCACUGAGGUAUUGAAAAUAUAUUAUGAUAUUAGCGAUCAAGCAGCUAAUGGGUUGAAUCAUAUGGAAGAAUCAUAUGGAGAAUAUUUUACAAGAGAAUUUAGCAGAGCUUAUCGAGCAAAUCCCAUUACAGAUAAUUCUAAGGAGGAUAUGUUUUUGAAUUGGGUAGAAAAAUUUGAUAAUUCGCUCCAGUGUUGUGACAGUUGGUUUGAAGUUUCUUCGAACCGACUGAGAGAAUAUUGGAGCUGCGAAGGGGACCAUUUGCUCAAUUGGAAAGAUAAGGGUUACAAAACUCUGUUUGAUUUAUUAUCUAGAAAAUAUCCUGAUUGCAAUAAAGAGUUGCCUCUAAAGGAUAAGGUAGUGUUCAAUAAGGAAGUAUCCAGAAUUGAUUACAGUAAUCCUAAUCGGAUUGUUCUAACAACAACUGAUGGAUGCGAAUAUAUUGCGUCACACGUUAUAUUCACUGCUUCUCUAGGCGUUCUUAAAGAUCAGCAUAAGACAAUCUUUAAACCGUCUUUAUCAGAAAUAAAACAGCGUACUAUAAAGGGACUUAACAUAGGAACAGCGAACAAGAUAUUUCUUGAGUUUCCUCAUCGAUGGUGGCCUGAAGACUCUGCUGGUUUUAGUUUUGGAUGGACAGAAAGUGAUCUGAAGAAAUUUAUAGAAGAAAAUGGAAAAGAUAAUCAGUGGUUAUGCGACGUGUUUCAAUUUUUCACAGUUGAUUAUCAGCCAAGAGUUCUUUGUGCAUGGAUCGUGGGACCCAACUCCAGAUAUUCAGAAACAUUAUCAGAUUCUACGGUACUGAAUGGCUUGUACUUUUUGCUCGAGACAUUUCUCAGCAAGUCAUACAAUGUUCCAAGGCCAGAUAAGAUGAUACGUUCAAAAUGGUACACGAAUAAACAUUUUCGUGGGUCUUACACCUUCCAGAGUAUGACAUCUGAGAAAAUGAAUGUGUUUAUAAAAGAUCUAGCUGAACCCAUCACUACUCCCAAUGGAACUCCUCUCGUCCUCUUCGCUGGAGAAGCUACCAACGAUCAUUACUACUCUACGGUGCACGGCGCAGUGGAAACUGGCAUCCGCGAAGCUGAUCGUUUGAUCGAUCAUUACAGAGCAUGUGGUUGGUUCAUGCAGUUGAUCGAAAACUACCCUGAGCACACAAAAAUAGAGGAACAACCAAGAUGGUACCUUAAAGAAACAACAAAGCUCGUUAUUGUUGGUGCUGGUCUUGCUGGUCUCACUGCAGCUAAAACUUUGGAAGAUGCAGGCUUCAAAGAUUAUAUAUUACUGGAAGCUCAAGGACAAGUUGGUGGUAGAAUCCGUUCAAAAUCCUGGGACAACGAUUGGAUAGAAUAUGGAGCACAGUUUCUGCACGGAGAUCAGAGUAAACUGGCUGAUCUUUGUCGUCAUUACAAAUUGCUAUCCGAUUCUCCAUCCAGCGAAGCUCAAGGUUACUACUUGCGCGAUGACGGGAUCCAAGUCGACGAAUCUUUAGUGAGAGAGAUCGACAACCUGGUGCGUGACAGUCUCGAAGAAUGCGAGGUUCAUGCUCGAGUAGAAAUGCCACCUAGUGAAUUUAAAAGUAUUGGUAAAUUAUUGCGCAGUCGAUUUCAAGAUUACCUCAGAAAAAAAUCAGAUUCUGCCAGCAUCAGAGCUGUGCGAGAACAGCUCUUCGAUUGGAACGUUAAAUUCCUGAUGAUAGAUAAUUCUUGCUUCAAUCUGGAUGAACUCUCCGUACAAUCCUGGGGAAAAUUCGAGUUCGUCGGGGGAUGCGAACAUACUGUAUUUAAGACUGGAUAUGAUUCUCUAACACGGACUAUUGUCAAUGGUCUCAGUAGGAAAAAUCUGAGACUGAACAGUCCUGUAGAAAGAAUCGAAUGGCGAUCAAAUGUAGAAAGAAAUCACCCCAACGAUAAACAUAAGAGACCAGUCGCCAUCACUCUCUUCGACAAAACUCGAAUCGAAACAGACUGUGUUAUUGUAACCUGUUCAUUGGGCUACUUGAAAGAGAAUCAUAGAAAAAUGUUUAUACCCUCAUUACCUUGUAGGCUGACAGAAGGAAUCGAGAAUUUGGGAUUCGGUGUAAUCAACAAAAUUUUCCUGAAAUUUGAAGAACCCUGGUGGACACCAGGAACCAAAGGCUUUCAAUUCCUAUGGUCGAAGAAUCAGCAGAAUAUUUUCAAGCAAAAGUUACCCUCCUGGACAAGAGAUUUGACAGGUUUCGAUGUACUUGCCAACCAUCGAGCAGUUCUACUUGGAUGGAUUGGUGGUAGAGGAGCUCAGAUCAUCGAGUCCCUUAGCGAACGACAGAUUUUGAAUGACUGUGUAAAUUUGUUAAAAAUUUUUUUAAAAAAGGAUGACAUUCCCAUUGCAAAAAAAUGCAAAAGAACGCAAUGGAAGUCUGACAAGUACGCGAGAGGAAGUUAUAGUCACAUUUCAGUGAAGUGCGACGACCUUGGUAUUUCACCAGCUACCUUAGCUGAACCAGUCUGGGCUACAGUGCAAUACGAUUCGCAGAGUGAGAGAAUGCCAGUAAUAAUGCUAGCUGGAGAGGCGACCCAUGAAAAUUUUUAUUCAACGACUCACGGUGCAUUUGACACCGGAAUCAAGCAAGCUCAAAUCUUUUUACGUUAUCAUUCAUCGGAUAGAAAUUAAAUGCAAUUUGCAAUACUCAAUUAUAAUUACAUAAUUGCACACGUACAGAAGAGUAUGUGUUUAUAAAUAACAAAUAUAGGAAAUUCAAUAUAAACAA